AGUCUGAAGAAGAGCGGACGAUUCGGUCGGCGGAAGAAGAUCGUGAGACAGGGUAGGAAAGGAGACCGCGGCAUUGAGGCCUACCGCUCUGAAUAACAGUUUACGGUCGCCCGUGUUUGCCCUGCGGGCGGGUCCUUCCCUAUGGGACCGUGCUCACUGAACACCGUUUUGUGAGCGGGGGUCAGGGCCGGCUUUCCUCCCUUGGGUGGAGGUGGAACUUGGUUACCCAGGCAACGAGCCGUCCGCCUUUUGGGGGUGGGGCAAAGUUACCCAGGCUCUCGGCGGUCCGCCAUUUUGGGGUGGGCCAGGGUUACCUUGGCAACUGUCCGUCCGCCAUUUUGGGGAAAGAGCAGGGCAAAUGGGCGGCCAUCUUGGUGAGGUAACUGACUGAGCUGAGCUUCAGGGUCUGUGAUCAGGGGAGAAGAUCUGAGCUGAAGAGCUGGAGAUCCAAACACGGAGAGGACAGCGCUCACCUGGAAGUAGAAUGAAGAGGUGGUGCUGUAGAUUUGGAUUUAAAGGUUCUGUGAAAAUAUAAGAAGAAAACAAAUGCUCCAUAGAACUUAAUUGACUGCUCUGUGUUUAUCUUUGGGAAAAGAUUUCAAAUAUUGUUCUGAAUGGAAAACACACAGGAUUGAGAGUGUUCCUGUGCCCUGACUGUGGUAAAUUCUCCACUUGCUAUACACUCUGAAAAUACAUCACAGCGUGAGAAAUUGUUAACACAUUCUGCAUGUGAACAAGGCUUUGAUUGAUUGCUCAAACUGGAGAGACACAAGGACAGCGGCAGCAUGGAGAAGCCAUGGAAAUGUGAUGACUGUGGUAAAGCGUUCAAUUACCGAUCCCGUUUGGAAUAUCAUCAACGCAGUCACAAUGUGGCUGACAGUACAGAUAAACCAUGGAAAUGUGAGGAUUGUGGUAAAGGAUUCAAUUAUCCAUCCCUGCUGGAAAUUCAUCGACGCACUCACACAGGGGAGAAGCCAUUCAUAUGCUCCGUAUGUGGGAGGGGAUUUUCUAAGUCAGCCAACCUUAUGUUACACCAGCGAGUUCACACUGAGGAGAGGCCAUUCACCUGCACGUAUUGUGGGAAAAGAUUCAGACAGUCUUUCACUCUCUCUGCACACCAGCGACUUCAUACUGGGGAGAGACCAUUCAUCUGCUCUGUGUGUGGGAAAGGAUUCACUCAGUCCUCCAUCCUCAUGAUACACCAACGCAGUCACACAGGGGAGAAGCCAUUUACCUGUUCGGUGUGUGGGAAAGGAUUCACUCAGUCAGCUAACCUGGUAGUACACCAGCGAAUUCACACUAAGGAGAGGCCUUUCAGCUGCACAUCCUGUAGAAAGAGAUUCAAAUCUUCAUCAGAACUCCUGUCACACCAGCGAGUUCACAUUGGCGAGAGACCAUUCACCUGCUCCUUGUGUGGGAAGGGAUUCAAAAAUUCAUCUGGCCUGCGGAAACAUGAGGUCAUUCACACCGAUGAGAAACCAUUCGAGUGCUCUGAUUGUGGAAAGAGGUUUAAGCAGUCAUACCACCUGCGGGCACACCAACGCAUUCACACGGGGGAGAAGCCAUUCAGCUGCUCGGAGUGUGGGAAGGGAUUUAGUCAGCACACUAACUUGGUGAAACAUCAGUGGAUUCACAAGGAAGAGAAACCUAUUAAAUGUCCUGAAUGUGGAAAGGGAUUUACUCAUUCCUCCCGCUUGAGAGUGCAUCAGCUCGUUCACACGGGUUAGAAACCAUUCACCUAUUUUGUGAUUGAGAAGGAGUUCAAUAAUUCAGCCACUCUGCUGAAACAUCAGCUUGUUCAACUUUUGACACAUGAAGUUUGGAUUCUUCUGCUACUACUGAUAAUCCUAACCAGAUUGAACUGGAUUUAUUCAGACAGUCAGGUCCUGCUGGUGGUAAACAUCCCGACACCUGAAGUGGGAAUUAAUAUUCUAGAUAUGAUAAAGGUGGAGGGUUAAGGAUUAUUUUCUGAAAGGCUUACUUCCAUUAACUGUAAGUGUUAGGGCUGCCAUGACUAAUGCAGCAGAACAUGGCUGACAGUAGUUAGAGUGCUUCAGAACUUCUGGAAAUUCAACGUCAGCAGUAACUGUUGAGACACAAGACCUAGAUAAUAACAUUUCACAUUGGAUAGCAAUAGCAGCUCAAGUUGCAGCUGACACACAAGACAUAGUUAAGAACAUCCCACACUAAUUAGUUGUUCAAUCAAUAAUUUUAGAUAUAGAUUCUGAAUGAAAGGAAAAGAUUCAAACCAGUUUCAGACCUAACAGGGAGAAAUAAAUCAUACGUACAGAAAGUAAAUUGAAUCAAAAAUCAAUAUUCUUUUAUAACCCCUGAGCUAACUGGAGCACCCAGAAAGAACUCACAUAAACAGGGGAAAUGUGCAAUCUCCACACAGACUGCCACCCAAGGGUGGAAUUGAACCCAGGUCUCUGGUGCUGUGAGGCUGCAGUGCUCACCACUGAGCCACCAUGCCACACUUUAUAUUCCCUGUAUUGAGAAAUUUAUCUAAUUGGUAGGUAACACAGUGCAGCUGACAAAUGUUACUUGAAUACGCUAUCCACUGUGAAAAGGCUCAAGAAGGGAGAUAAGAGUUUGGAAAACAUCAUGAAGGACAAGGGUGGACUACAAGUCUGUCCACUGCUUUGUCAUUUUGCUGAAGCAAGCUUCAAUUGUAUAAGAUGCUGUAUCAGAGAGCCAAUUCCAGAGGGACAACUUGGCUCAGCUGACCAAUAGUAAUCAAAGGGGGAGCAUAUGCAUUCUCAGCUUGAAAUGUAUAAAUUAAGACAUUCUGAAGCUUUUUGUGUGCCUUUUUGCCUUUUUUGCUGGAUGCUGUAAUUGACCUAUAAAUCACAAUAAAAGGUCACCUGAA